UUUGCAGCUAAAAUAAUGUUUCUAAAUGAAAUAGGACAGCCAUUAAUACUAGACAGUAAAAAAACAUAUAGCCCCUACGAACGGCACAAUGGACCUAUGUUGUUAACAUCUGCCGCAUUCCAGGAACACAAAGUGCCCACAAGUUUUUGUGACAGGAUUAUCGGCUGCGCUGAGGAUGUGGCUCGAUUCCAGCGUGUGCCCGGCGAAUCCAAACAGGAUUAUGUAUAUCGUAUCAUCAGGCCAAAUGAACCCACCGAAAUAGGCAAUGACGGAAAUACAAUGCUGGUGACUUUGAUACCAGCGGGAGAAAACGAUGUUGGGGAAUCUUGUCAUUUGUAUUACCUGAAAACUGACUAUGUAAGAGCUUUGAUAGUCGAUAAUUUGACGGGAUAUUUGGAUUUUAUACCCAAGGCUGGUGCAUUGUUUCAUCGCGCUCUCAGCAACGGCAUCGAUGUCAUGUAUAUCGAUGAUAUUUACUUCGAGUCCAGCGAUGAUGAGUCGCUUGAGCAACGGGAGCACAUUUACGCAUUCGCUCAGCUGAUAAGGCCCAGAUUUCUGUUUGGACUGCGAAAGAACAAUUUACCACAGAAUCUGCUCGAUUUGUGUGUGCAAAAGUAUCGAGGCCAUAAUCAACAACAAACACAAGUAUCUUUAACAUUGUAAUUUACAAAAGGAAUCGCC